UAUAUCCUUCCCCACUUCUUACAUUAGGAUUUAGGCCUCACAACUUUCUUUGGCCUAAGAUCUUCUCUCCUUCUCUUACUCAUAUGUCCACGGCUGAUCCACCUGUGCCGUCGGCCGCCACCGGUGUCGGCCUCGGGUACGGCAUCGCCAUUGCCGUGAGUAUUCUCGUACUCAUCUCUACUAUCAUGCUUGCUUCGUAUGUGUGCGUUAGAAUCAAAGCUAACGGUCGUAAUGAUAGUGGUGGUGGUAACGAUAAUAAUAUCUUAAGAAGAAGGUCUAAUCAUCAAUCUACAACGAGGAUUUCGAUAGAGCCUGUAGUGAUAGUGAUGGGCUUAGAUGGGCCCAACAUAGAGUCUUACCCAAAGAUGGUUCUUGGUGAAAGUCGACGACUGCCUAAGCCCAACAACGGCCCAUGUUCGAUUUGCUUGUCGGACUACCAGCCCAAAGAUACCAUAAGGUGCAUUCCAGAGUGCCAUCACUGUUUCCAUGCAAAUUGCAUUGAUCAAUGGCUCCAAAUGAGUGCUACAUGUCCUUUGUGUCGAAAUUCUCCUGCUCCAUCAGGAAACUCUACACCUCUUGCUACUCCUUUGUCAGAAUUGGUUCCACUGGCCUUUCAUGCCAGGGGUCCCUUGCCUUUUUACAAAGUGAACAAGUGGGGUUUGAUUUGGACGACAAUGAAAAGGGUGCCGUUUUUAACGGGGUCAACGACAAGGAAAAGAGAUGGGUCACUAAUGAAAUGUUCACUAGCCAGAACAUCAACAGCACAUGGUAAUAAUUGGCUUCUCCUUGUUCAAGUCUCGGACCUCACCAAUUGGAAUUUGGAAUCACUUUAAAGACUUUUCCUCAUGAUUAUGACUAUACAGAAUGUGUACAAAUUCCGGGAUUGCUUAUAUAAUUUGAAAGUCCUAUAUUCCAACAUUUCUUAUUAAUAUAUCAACUAGGGUGUUCAAACCCGACUGAAAA